AUGGCCUUCUUAGAGCUCCCAACAGAGAUCUUAUAUCUCAUAGCCACUGGCCUUGACACCUGCUCUCUCUCCCAGCUCAUCCUAACCUCUCAAUACUUCAAUGUUCUCCUCACACCCUACCUCCACAAGCUCGCCGUCCAACAGGCACACGGAGACUUCACACCGCUCCACUGGGCUGCCUGGAAAUCUUACCUCCCCCUCGUCAAGCUCAUCCUAAGGCUCACUAACAACGCCAACAUCAACAAGUACUCCCCAAACGCUGACGGCGGGAGUGCCCUCAACUAUGCCAUCUGCACCUGCAGAAGGAGCGCGGGAACGUUCGUUGCGCGCGCAGCAGACCCAAAUGCCACGGGGACCAAAAGUACCCUGAAUCCGUAUCGCGGGUGGGCGGAAUGUGAGGAAAUUGUGGAGUUCUUGUUGAUGAAUGGGGCGGAUCCGAACCUGCAGGAUAACGAUGGACUCACCGCGCUCCAUAAGGUGCUGGCAUUGGACUCUACAGAUAGUUAUGAUUUGGUGGAUAUUCUACUGGAAAAUGGAGCGGGGUCGCCCUUGCUACUUGCGGCGAUGUAUUGUGGGUGUGUGCUGAUGGUGAGACCAUUGAGGUGA